CACAGACGAAUCGUUUUGUUUAAAUGAUUUACAGUAGCUCCAGUGUUAAAGAGUGAACAUUGCCGUGUGUAUUAUUUGGUUCAGUUACUGCUGCCAUAUACUGACAUGUAUUGUGUCAGUGUCACAGUUCUUACCUUGUCAGCCUUGCUGUCAUUGACGUCAUCAGAAAUGUUCACAUCAUCUAAUAAGGUGCAGAGGAUGGUGAUGGAUGAGGAACGUAUGCUGGGUGAAUUAAAACUAUUUAUAGACCAGAAGUAUGAUUGGCUAAAGAAGAUGUCCAUCUUCUAUUUUGACCGACUGCGUGAUGUCAAAUUUCGUGAUGACUCGCUAGAAGGACAUGAUUUGUAUCAUCCAAACACCAUGUACCUGGCCAUCCAAAAGUUUGCCAAUGAUUACUCGCCGGUUCUGGGCAACAAUUUACAAAACUUCCUCAACAUUCAAAGAGAGUCUGGACAAAUUUUUCUGGCCGAUAAGGACGAUAUUGCAGGGGCCAGAAAGUCGUUGGUGAUUCUUCAGGUGGUAUUCAAAAUGAGUGCCUUGGACAUGGCAAGGGGAGACUAUCUUGGAUUUCAAGGGCCUCCACUUAAAUCAAACGAUGCUAUACUCAUUGGGGCUAGAGCCUUUUCAGAAGAACAUUUUAACGAAUGUAUUGAGUGGAUGAACGCCUCGAUUACUUUAUACAACAGUACGGACAGUACGUCGUUAGCAACAAUCCCAGAAAUAACAGCAGUUAUGGGACGUGCUUACUUAAGAUUGGGUGAUCGUGCGAGAGCCGAGCAAAUCUACGAUGAGGUUAAACUAUUAGAGCCAGCAGGUGAUGAAGUCGGUGCUUUGGGCCAUGAACUAAACAAUCAAGUCGAGUUUGAAUUUGAAUUUGAGCCACCAGAUGAAACAUUCCAGAACUAUAGUCGCCUCUGUAGACUGGAGAACCGGCACCACAUACCUGACCCGAACAACCCGAGACUUGUGUGCCGGUACAGAGAGACUCUACUGCCCUACUACAGGUUUAAAGAAGAGAUCCUGUCUGUUGCCCCGUUUGUUUCCGUCAUCUACAACGUCAUCAGUGACGCUGAGGGCGACCACCUCAAGGGUUUUGUCAGCGAUAAGCUUCAAAGAGGACAAAUUCAAGGAAUCAAGGCCAUUGCUUCGGACAUUAGAACCAGUGAUUUGGCAUGGAUUGGUGACCAAAUGUCGGGACAGGUAUCGAACAUCUCCAAAAGAAUCGGAUACAUCACAGGUCUGGACACGUCACAGAGAAAACCGGACGGUCUAACUUCUGCGGAAGAUUUUCAGGUGGUCAACUAUGGACUGGGUGGACGUUACGAACCGCACACCGAUCCUGUGAUGAAUCCGCCGCCUUGGGUGAAACGGUCAGGACAUAGAUUAGCCACGUUUCUUAUUUACCUCAGUGAUGUCCAGCGAGGCGGAUCUACCGUCUUCCCUAAGAUUGGGAUUGCAGUAGCACCUGUCAAGAACAUGGCGCUGUUUUGGUAUAAUUUUGAUCCUGCAUAUGAGGUGGAUCUAUUGACAAAACAUGGCGGAUGUCCCGUACUCUAUGGACAUAAAUGGAUCUGUACAAAAUGGAUCUGGACUUACGGCAACACAUUGAGAAGAAGGUGUGGUCUGACACCUGAAGCCACCCAGCUCGAUAUUGAACCUGACAUCAAGAGAGGCUAUAAAUCAUAGCAAGUUGUGGAUGAAUUUUUUAACAAUUCAGAAGAGAAAAAUACAGAAGCUGUUAAUGAAAGUGUUAAACUGAUGACCUAAAAAGUAGUAGAGUAAAUGUAUUAGUAAAACAUGUGUAAAAUAACAAUAAAUUAGGUUCAAGUUAAAUAGAGUAUAAUAAUUAAAUUGUCAACAACUAAAUAA